CUGCAUGGAAUACAAACUAUCUCAGCUUAUUUUAGUGUAGCUGUAUCUCGAUCGAAAGAGGUGCCACCAUUUGGACCUCCACUUCCCAAAGGUGCCACCUUUAGCAAAUGUGCCGAUUUCCACGACUGGUUGUUGACAAAGAUAAUCAAUGCGGAAAACGCCGUACAUCGUUCGAAAAAAUUCGCAACAAUGGCUGCUCGUACAAGGCGAGAAGCGUUACGGGAUCUUGCAGAGAAUUAUACAGGAACACAUCAAAAUGAGGGUCCUAGCAGAAUAGCGAGUCGAUUUUUGGGAGGAAGUGUGAAAAGGCGUGAGCGACAAAACCCAAAGCCUUUCUUGGCUAAUAUCAGAGGGGCUUUGUCAUGGUUGGUAGACGUGCAUGAUCACUCCACUAAUCAGCGUAUAGUCAAAUUUUUUUAA